AUGCCUCACUGCCAUGUUCUACCUGAGUCUUCAAACCUGUUCUCCUCUCCACAAACAGCCAUGAUCAUGGAUCACCUCGUUCAACGACCCCUCUUCCCAACACCUGACAAGCUCGACCUUGUCAUCCCUUGCCUACUGGCCUCUGCCACUGGCUUUCUCUCCCACACCCUCUACUUCAUCCGCGGCUUUCACGAUACCUCGGCACUGCGCAUUUUUCUCGUCCACUUCACCACCUUCCUAUGCCUAACAGCCUACUCAAUCACUCAGCUCGGCGUUUUCCCCGGUCUGAUCACCUCCACAGCCAUUGCCCUCUCGUACCUGACCACCCUAUUCACGAGCAUAAUCACCUACCGGCUCUUCUUCCACCCCCUCCGACACAUACCAGGCCCGUUUCUCGCAAAAAUAACAAAGCUAUACGGUCCAUACACCGCGCGCAAUGGUCAAAUGCACCUCGAGCAAACAAAACUCUUCAAAAAAUAUGGCAACUUUGUGCGCAUCGCACCCAACGAGGUAUUUAUGUUGAGUGUAGAGGGGAUACAAAAGAUUCAUGCCAGAGACAGCAGAUGCCGCAAGUUGAACGCGGGCAUAUACGAUGUGAUUCACUUCAAGGGGGCGCAUAAUCUCAACUCUGUGCUUAGCAGGGAGGAGCAUGGGCCGAGAAGGAAGAUUUGGGAGAGGGCGUUUACCACCAAGGGUAAGUCUCUCGGUGUUGGUGGCAGGAUGUGGAACUGA